AUGAAGGGAAUUAUUGGACUCGCCCUCGCGGUCGCCGUUUCCGGUGUCGUCGCCCAGCCUCACAACCACCACGGCCACCAUCACGCCAAGAAGCACACUCACGCCGGAGUCGACAAGCGCGCUGAUGCCGCCGCCGCCGGUACUGUCGUGGUCACCAAGGUCGUUCAGGGUCCUACUGUCGUUGAGUAUGUCCUAGACGGAAAGAAGGUCGAUGCCAAAGAGGCGGAGCAGGGCAUCAAGCAGGGUGGUUACGUCGUCCUUGGCUCCUCCAAGCCUUCGUUCGUCGCUCCUCCGCCCGUUGUCUCGACCUCCAUCGCCAGCGUUCCCGGCGGUGCCCAGUUCUUUGAGCAAAAGACUAGCAGCACUAUCUCCAGCUCCACGUCCACCUCGUCGUCCACCACUUCGAGCAUCCCGACCACUUCGUCGAGCCCUAUUCCCAGCUCGACCUCCAGCGAGCCACCCGCUGCCACCUCGUCGGCGGCUCCUGAGAACCCCUCUGGCGGCGGACUUGACAGCAAGUUCCCCAGCGGCAAGAUCAGAUGCGACCAUUUCCCCAGCGAUUAUGGCGCCCUCGGCGUCGACUGGGUUGGCUUGUCCGGAUGGACCACUCUUGCCAAGGUUGGUAAGCUCAUGAAGGGCGUUGCCAUCAACAACUACGAGCAGCCCAUCACCGGCCCUUGCCAGCCGGGCAUGCUGUGCUCUUACGCCUGCCCUGCGGGCUACCAGAAGACUCAGUGGCCCGAGGAGUCCCAGGGUGCCACUGGUCAGUCUAUCGGUGGUCUCUACUGCAACAGCGACGGCUACCUUGAGCUUACCCGCGAGAGCCACCCUACCCUUUGCGAGCAGGGUGCCGGCGGUGUUUAUGUCAAGAACAUGCUCCCCAAGAGCGCUGCCAUCUGCCGUACCGACUAUCCCGGCAACGAGGCCAUGGUCAUUCCUCUCGAGACCACCCCCGGCGGCCAGUACCCUCUCACCAACCCUGUCUCGUCUACCUACUACAAGUGGAAGGGCCAGUCCACCACCGCUCAGUACUACGUCAACAACAUGGACAUUCCUGUCGAUGAUGCCUGCACCUGGAACUCCAAGACUUGCCCCGACUGUGCUGGUAACUGGGCCCCUGUCAACGUCGGUGUUGGCAAGAGCGACGACGGCAUUACUUAUAUCUCUAUCUUCCCCAACGCCCCUACUUCCACCGCCGUCCUCAACUUCGACAUGGAGAUCAAGGGUGAUAUCUCUGGAGAGUGCUGGCUUAAGAACGGCCAAUACUCUGGCAACAACGGCUGCACGGUCGGCCUCAGGGAGGGUGGCACUGCUACCAUUGUCCUUAAGCCCCGUGGCGAGUAA